AUGGCAACGGAGACCGCCCCUCCUCCGUCAGUACCCGGUGCGGAUAAGCCCAAAGCGGUCUCUUUUUCAAGCUCGGAUGCGCCAAUCCAGGCAGUGACCGUGUUCCGUAAGGGCAAGGCUGAAGUCACGCGUAUCAUCAACUUCUCGUCACCGUCCAGCCUUGGUCGCCAUGAGGUGGAGCUCGCAGAACUUCCUCGCAACUUCAUCGACCAAACGAGCAUCAGAGUCAAGGGCUCCGGGCAUUGUACGAUUCUCCACGUCAGCUACUCCGAGGAGCCGCCGCCGCCUACACAGCCGACCCAGGAGGAGCGAGAUACGGCAAAGGCUGGGGAAGAGAAGCGCAAGCAAGAUAUCCAGAAACUGACGGACGAACUCACGGUUCUGAACCAGCAGUCCUCUCGGAAUUCGCACGUGCGAGAGGUGGAGGACGUGGGCAAGGCCCUGGACUGGUGGACGGCCAAAGCGGAACAGACCGACGCCGAACAACACCGACUCGAGCUAGAGGGCCGACGCCUGAAGAACGCCAUCGCCGAGCUCCAGUCACCUUCAAGAUCUGCGAUUGUUGCGGCACUUGCUCGCAUAAAGACGGAGAAAACGGCCAAAAAACUGGGUAGGAUACUCAUCACCGUGGACGUGCAAGAGCUUGGCAACAUCGAACUGGAGGUCAAGUAUAUGACCCGCGGGGCGAGCUGGUCUCCUUCGUACGACCUCCGAGUGGAUACCCAGACCGACUCGGUGUCGUGCACGUACUACGGUAUCGUCACACAGAGCACCACUGAGGACUGGCAAGGUGUUUCUCUUCGGCUGUCGACAGCGGAGCCCACUGUCCACGGGACGCCACCUGCGCUAGGAAGCAAGACCGUCGCAUUCAAAACCGUCCAGAAGCCGAUACCCAGGUCGAAGCCGAUACUCGGCUCCCGAGACCGUGGUACGCCCGGGGGGGGCGGAUUUCCUUUGUUGAAGCCAUCGAGAAGGGCCCAGUCAAGCACACACAUGACUGUUGAAGAGUCAGGCGCCCCCAGGGCGGCGGCGGAAUGUAGUUUUGGUGCCACGGGUGCCGGUUUCGCGAAGAUCACGUGCUCGUCCGUCCCGCCGCCGCCCCCAAGGGCGAUGCCUGCCACGGCUCAGGUGGAAAGCGGGGGAGGGUUCUUGGGCGCCGUAUCAUUCGUCGUCGAAACGCCGGCAGAUAUCAAGAGCAACGGUCAAAUGAAGAAGCUCACCGUGGGAGAAUUGCAGCUAUCCGUGGAGGUUACGCACUACAUCGUACCCGCCAAAGCACCCGCCGCUUACCUCCAAGCAAAGGCGACGAACAACACAGACUACCUGCUCCUGGCGAGCAAUGACGUGUCCAUCUUCUUCGACAACAGCUUCGUCACCAAGACCAGCCUCACCUCCGUCUCUCCCGGAGAGUCCUUCCAGACCUUCCUAGGCAUCGACCCCGCCGUUAAGAUCACGGUUGCGCCGCCUCGCAAGACCAGCAAGAAGCGCGGCAUCUUCUCCAAGUCCAACCACGUCACGCACACCCACAGCACGCUGAUCUCCAACAACAAGACGGUGCCGGUGACGUGUGUCGUCGUCGACGCCUUGCCGCGCUCCACCGACGAUAUCAUCAAGGUGACUCUGAAGGAACCGCUACCGGCGAGCGUGUCCGAGUGUGAAGCUAUCACCGAUGACUCGCUCGUGUCCAUCGCGUUGGAGACGUUCGGAGGUGGCGAGGGGAACAGCAACAACAGCACUCGACGCCCGCCGGCGACUCCUGCCGAAAGCCUCGUGACGGGGGUAUUCAAGAGUCCAUCGAAUCACCUGGCUUGGGUAGGGAAGAUCGCUCCCCAGGGCGGGGUUUCGGUCCCCCUCACGUACACCGUGGAGUGGCCUUUCGAGAAGGAGAUUGAGAUGUUGUUCGGAUAAAGCGGACACGGGUGAACGCGCAACAUCAAUUGGAAACAACGAUCGGCGACACUUUCCGAUCAAGGCCCCAUCGGUCCAUAGUGACACCGAGAUCGCAUUUUCCUUGUCUCGCUGCUGAAAGUGGCUCUUAGUGGCCCUGGAUGACCUGCCGGACUUUUGUGUCGUUUUUUCGAAGGGAAGUACGAAGUACCACUGUACAGUGGCUGGGUGUGAAAGCAGGGCCGGCUGGUUUUCACUCGCUAGAAAGGCGAGUAACGGCUUGUACAUUCAUGCCAUUGUAGCACUAUGUAUGUGUACUUCUGGCUUGGGCGCGUUAUUGUGCCUACAGUACUGCGGUACAGCGUCAUACGUAGCAGGAUGUGGGGGAUGUUGCGGUCGAUGUGGCUGCUCUCCGUGUGCGACACUGCUUUGCCAAGCCCUAAUGAGUCGAUCGUAUUCAGCCCACGCGUCGAUAGUCUGCGGUACGUG